AUAACCGUGCCGGCUGUUCCUUUGCAACAUAAUCCACAACCCACUUUCAUCCUGGACACCUUCUCGUCCCCGACUCAGACCUGACAUAUUCUCUCCUUCUCUAUUCCUUUCUCUUCUUACCUCUUCCCGUGGCAACUUGCGGGUAGUUAGCGGCUCGGACGUCGGACCAGGGGCUUACCAAGACGGGAAAAGAAGAAGAAGACAUGUGGCAUCUUUGAAGCGCAGUGAUAUUUCUUCGCAUUCGCAAAGCCCGCCCCUCCACCGUCCCUCUCGAGGCGCCGACUGGCACAGCUUUCCUUGGCACCAUCCUAUAAACUUGAUUGGCCUUGCCGCCGUCAACUGCCAUGGAGAACGCCUUUGCGAAGCCCAUCGAUGAGAUUCUGGCCAACUUCAAGGUAGACCCGAGGGCCGGCCUCACAGACGACCAAGCUGCCGAGUUGCGCACCAAGCACGGAAAGAACUCUAUCCCAGAAGAACCGCCUACUCCCUUGUGGGAACUCAUUCUAGAGCAAUUCAAGGAUCAACUCGUCCUGAUAUUGCUCGCAUCUGCUGCGCUUUCCUUCGUCCUCGCUCUCUUCGAAGAGGGCGAAAAUGGCUGGAGCGCAUUCGUCGACCCUGUGGUUAUCCUCACUAUUCUCAUCCUCAAUGCCGUCGUUGGGGUGUCCCAAGAGAGCAGCGCCGAGAAGGCGAUCGCUGCGCUCCAAGAAUACUCCGCAAAUAUCGCCAGCGUGAUCAGGAACAACGGACAUGUCUCGCGGGUCAAGGCUGAAGAGUUGGUCCCUGGCGACAUCAUUUCCGUGGCCGUCGGCGACAGGAUACCUGCUGAUUGCCGAAUCGUCUCUAUCGAAAGCAACAGCUUCGCUGUCGACCAGGCUAUCUUGACCGGGGAGAGCGAGAGCGUCGGCAAGGACAACACAUCUAUAGUGAAAGAUGAGAAGGCAGUGCUCCAGGAUCAGACCAACAUGUUGUUCUCCGGCACUACAGUCGUUACUGGCCGUGCCAAGGCGGUCGUUGUCCUGACUGGAACUAAUACUGCCAUCGGCGACAUCCAUGAGAGUAUCGCCGCUCAGAUUUCCGAACCGACACCUUUGAAACAUAAGCUGAAUGACUUCGGAGACUCCCUGGCGAAGGUCAUCACAGUUAUUUGUAUUCUUGUAUGGCUGAUCAACAUUCCAAACUUUACCGACCCAAGCCACGGACACUGGACCAAGGGCGCCAUCUACUAUCUGAAGAUUGCCGUCUCGCUCGGUGUCGCUGCGAUCCCCGAAGGUCUGGCCGUUGUCAUCACGACGUGCCUGGCUCUAGGAACCCGCAAGAUGGCUGCGAAGAACGCCGUCGUCCGAAGCCUACCGUCUGUCGAGACCCUAGGGAGCUGUAGCGUCAUAUGCUCCGAUAAGACUGGUACGCUCACGACAAAUCAGAUGAGUGUGAGCAAGGUCGUCUACCUAAGCGAGGAUGGUACCGAUCUAGAGGAGCUCGACGUCGAGGGCACUACGUUUUCCCCUAGGGGAGAUGUCUCAUUCAAGGGCAAAGUUGUGAAGGAUAUCGCUCAAAGCUCAAGCACGAUUCGCCAGAUAAACGAGGUGUCCGCGCUUUGCAACGAUGCUCGACUUGUAUAUGAUGGUCGGUCUGGUGCCUAUUCCAACGUAGGAGAACCUACCGAGGGAGCGCUGAGGGUCUUGGCUGAAAAGAUUGGACCCUGCGCGCCGGUGAACUCGAAGCCUGAGGACUGCGUGCACUAUGCUAGCGCCUGGUAUGAAUCCAAAUUCCCUCGCCUCGCUACAUACGAGUUCUCUCGAGACCGCAAAAGCAUGUCGGUGCUUGUUCAAGCGGAUAAGGAGAAGAAGCUUCUGGUUAAAGGUGCACCCGAAUCUAUUAUCGAGCGCUGCACGCAUACUCUUGUUGGUGCAAACGGCAAACGUGUCCUCAUCAACGAUCAGCUCCGAGAACUUCUCCUGAAAGAAGUGGUGGAAUACGGCAAUCGUGGGCUGCGGGUCAUCGCUCUCGCCAGCCGGGAUGACGUGGGGUCUAAUCCUCUGAUCCAAACCUCUAGAACCACGGCUCAGUACGCUCAGCUGGAGGAGAACCUCACCUUACUCGGACUCGUCGGCAUGCUGGAUCCCCCUCGACCGGAAGUCGCCGGCGCUAUCAAGAAGUGUGUUGAUGCCGGCAUCAGGGUUAUCGUGAUCACCGGCGAUAACCGCAAUACCGCGGAAAGCAUCUGCCGCCACAUCGGAGUCUUUGGAGAAUACGAGGAUCUUCGAGGCAAGAGCUUCACGGGACGGGAAUUUGAGAAUCUGAGCCCGAGCGAGCAGCUUGAGGCGGCGAAAAAGGCCUCUCUCUUCUCCCGUGUCGAGCCAAGUCACAAGUCGAAACUAGUCGACCUCCUCCAGUCUCUCGGAGAGGUCGUGGCCAUGACCGGCGAUGGUGUCAACGACGCCCCAGCCCUCAAGAAGGCAGACAUCGGUGUUGCGAUGGGCUCCGGCACUGACGUGUCCAAGCUGGCCGCCGACAUGGUUCUCGCCGAUGACAAUUUCGCCACCAUCGAAGUAGCCAUCGAGGAGGGUCGAUCCAUCUAUAACAAUACGCAGCAAUUCAUCCGCUACCUAAUCUCUUCAAACAUCGGAGAGGUGGUCUCCAUCUUCCUCACUGCUGCCCUUGGCAUGCCUGAGGCCCUCAUUCCAGUCCAAUUGUUAUGGGUCAACCUUGUCACCGAUGGCCUGCCCGCGACGGCCUUGUCCUUCAACCCACCCGACCACGAUAUCAUGCGAAGACAGCCCCGGAAGCGAGACGAGGCGCUCAUCGGGGGAUGGCUUUUCUUCCGGUACAUGGUUAUUGGCACUUACGUCGGCCUCGCCACGGUAGCCGGGUAUGCUUGGUGGUUCAUGUACAACCCCGACGGUCCCCAUAUCAGCUUCUACCAGCUCUCGCACUUCCAUGGAUGCUCCGCCGAUUUCGCGCACAUCGGGUGCGAGAUGUUCGCCAAUGACAUGUCGAAAUCAGCGUCGACGGUGUCGCUGUCGAUUCUCGUCGUCAUCGAGAUGCUCAACGCAAUGAACGCACUGUCAUCCAGCGAGUCCCUCCUGACGCUGCCGCUCUGGGAGAACAUGAUGCUGGUUGGCGCCAUCGGCCUGUCGAUGGCGCUCCACUUCGCGCUCCUCUACACUCCUUUCCUCCAGGACCUGUUCUCUAUCCUACCCCUCGACUGGACCGAGUGGAAGGCGGUGCUCACCAUCAGCGCGCCCGUUAUGUAAGUAGAGAGAGACUUCCCACCUCCCCUUAUUGCUACGCCGCGCCUCUCCUCCUACCCGUCCUCUCUCUUUUCCCCUUCACACUGUGACACCCAGUACUAACAUCAUCGUCGCAGACUCAUCGACGAAGUGCUCAAAG